AUGUUUACAUUGACAAUAUUAGGAACAUGUUUUUCAUCAUUAUCUGAAACAUCGACUGACAUAAAUAGAAAAAUACGAUGUUUAAAAAUAUACAAAGAAUGGUUGACAACACCAAAUUCACCAAGUCUUAUUCAAAAUAAUUGUAAAUAUGUCAAAAUGAUUCUUGGACAUAUUUCAUUACUCUUCUCUCCAGAAAAUAGAUGUUGUUCAGAUAUUGGAAUGUUAAAAACAGGAAUGUUAGAAGGUAUAGAAGUAAUGAAAGCAUUUAUAAUAAAUCACAUUACAAAACAAACUUCAUUAUUCAAAAACAAUAGUGAAAGGAAUGAUAGUAUAUCAACAAUUAUUGGAAUUAUUAUAGGAAUUAUUUUUGUUAACUACCACAAACAAUUUACUAAACCACUCAAUGAAUUAAAAAUAAUAAUAAAAUUGUUAACAAGAAUGUUAUUAAGUUGUAUCAUUAGAAACUUGUGUAAACAAUACAAUACGCUCUCUUUUUUGUAA